AUGGGGCCCUCUAGUAGAGCCCUGUGGGAGAGUGGGCCCGACUCACCCCUAUCUGAAGAAGGCACGAGCGGUUUCGGCAACCCGGCUCUCCGAAGCAGCGGAGGGAGCCAAGCCUGCAACAAGGGAAAGGCCCGCAGCAGCAGCAGCAGCAGCAGAAGGAACAGCCAGGGCAGCAGCAGGAGGAACAGCCACAGCAGCAAGGAGGAUGGCAAUUUAGACCACCGGUUGUUUGAGAGACAGCCGAGGGUCCUUCUGCCCUCAGGGCUGGAGGAAGAAGAGCGCACAGCAACUGUAGAUGCAUCAGCUGCAACUGAAGCAGCAGCAGCAACAGCAGCAGCAGCAGAUGUAGACCAGAUUUCUGAGUUUUUCCCUUCUUUCCCCCCAGAUAUAUGUCUCCCUUCCCCCGCUGCUCGGGCGCCCCUCGAAGGCCCUUCUUUAGAGACGGCUGCUUCGAGUGUACGUACACUGGAGAGGUCUGCUGCAGCACAAGAAGGCAGCACAACAGCAGCAGAAGUGGAGGCCUUCGCAGCGACGGCCUGGGGAUGUAAGCUGAAGGCCACAGCUUCCCAUGUUGCUGGAGCUGGCCUCACUCGCAGAGGCAGCAGCAACAACAGCCACCUGCCGCAGCAGCAGCAGCUCCUCCUUUCUGAGCAGCAGCAGCAAGAAGAGCUGGACUCGAGCAACAGCCAGCCCGACUCGGAGUUUACGCAGCUGCAUGAUGUCUACGCCCUGCAAAUUGAGCUUCGCCAGCAGCAGCAGCUGCUGCAGCAGGAGCAGCAGCAGCGAGAUCAGGAACUGAGUGCGUUGCGUUCGGAGAAAGAGGAGCUCCUCAGGUGCAUGCAGCAGUGCGAGAGCAACUUUGCGGCAAAGCAGCAACAGCAGCAACAGCAGCUGCUGCUGCUGCAGCAACAGCUUGCCGAGGCGGAGCGGCAGCUUGCUGAGGCUCAACAGCAGCAACAGCAGAAGCUCCACGCCCAGUCAGUGCUGCAGGAUGCUGUGAACAAGGCGGAAUCUGCACAGGCCGAGCUACAGCAGCAACUGCAGCAGCAGAGUAAGCAGCAGCAGCUCCUCGAGGAAGAGGAAGAGAAGCGGAAGCAGCAGCAAACGGAAAUGCAGCAGAAACAUGAAAAGCAGCAUGCAGAGCUGUUGCAGCAGCUGGAUACACUUAAGAAACACGCUGCAGCCCAACAGCAGCAAGCAGAACAAAUGCAGGCAGAGAUGCAGCAGCAGUUGACCUUAAAGCAACGUCAGGUUGAAGAGCAAGAGCAGCAUUUGGAGGAGCUGCAACGGCAGCUGCAGCAGCACCAGCAGCAGAUAGAGCAGCAGCAUCAGCUAGUUGAGGCGCAAAAUUCCCUAAUAGAAGAUCAGCGGGAGCAAAUAAGCGCACAGCAGCAGCAGUUAGAUGAGCUGCAACAGUUGGUAGAGACGCAAGAUAGCUACGCUGCUCAGGUUCGCGAUCUGAAGCAGCAGCUCGAGCGCGAGAGGCAGCAGCAACAGCAGCAGCAGCAACAGCAGCAGCAGCAACAGCAACAGUCCCAUGCGAGCCGUAUGGAAGCCGAACUGCGCGCCCGUCUUCUACAGCAGAAGGAGCGCCUGCUGGAUCAAGAGCAGCAGCAACAGCUGCUCCUGCAGCAGUCUCUCCUCGCCAAAGAGCGUGAGCUACAGAAGAGGGAGGAAGAGCUUAACAAGCAGCAGCAAAGCCAACAGAGCGCGCAGCUGCAGCAGCAGCUUGAAAGAGCUUCCAGUGGCGAAAAGGACAUAGCGGAACUGGUAGAUGAUGAGGGGCUUUAUCAUAGAGAAGCUUCGCUGCAGGAAAGAGAGAAAAGCGCGCAGCAGCUGCUCCAGGAACAGCAACUGCAACAGCAGAAACUUGAGCAGCAGCGACUAGAACAGCAGCAGAAGGAGCAGCAGUUGCGGCAGCAACAGGAGGACCUCCAGUUGCACCAGGAAAAACUUAAUAAACAGCGGGAUCAGCUGCGGAAGCAGCAGGAAGAGCAGCAAAAGAAGGAAAAGCAGCUACAGGCCGCCCAGCAGCAGCUGCAGCACCAGCACCAGCAGCACGAAAAGGACAUACUGGCACUAGAGCGGAGGCUUGAGAGUCUACUGCAGGAACAACGGGAGCGUGAAGAUCUGCAGCAACAACGGAAGCAGCUGAAACAAGAUCAGCAGCUGCUGCAGCAACAGCAAGAGCAGCUGCAACAACUCGAUGCAGAACUCACGGAACAGCAGGAGUUACUGUCAAAAGAACGCACGCAACUGCAGGCCGUUGCAGAGCAGCAGCAGGCUCACUUCCGGAUGCUGCAGCAACAGCUGCAGCAGCAGCAGGAGCAGCAAGCGCUGUUGCAAGAGCAGCAACAGCUGCAGCAGGAACAGCAGCAAGUGCUAAUGCAGCGAGAACGUAAAUUGUUACUUCACAGAGAGCUAAGGAUGGCUGCGAGGUUGCAGCAGAAGCACCGAACAGACAGACGUGACAGCAGCCAUAGCAGCUGCAGCAGCCGUAGUAGCCGUAGCAGUAGCAGAGACACAGCAAAGGGGAGUGCGAUCCGUGGAACUCCUGGGCCCCUUCAACAGAGGCUUCAAAAUUACCAAGUGCAGCAACAGCAACUUGUGCAGCAGAUGCAGCAGCAGCAGCAGCUCCUGGAACAGCAGGAAGACGUGCUCCAGCAUCAGCAGCAGCAGCUGCUAGAGCUCCGAAGCGAGAAGGCAAGGCUGCAAGAGGAGCUGCAAAACCGGGCAGGCAGCCAAACAGGCCUAGCGCAGCACCAGCAGCCAGAGGGCCGCAGCACUGACCAGGAGUUACUGCAGCAAGUAUCGGCCAUGCAGCGGGAGUUGGACAACCUUGAGAAGAUCCAGCGCAGUUACGAAGCGGAAAACGUGCAGCUGACGCAGCGGCUGAAAGAGCAGCAGGAAGAGCACCAACAGCAACAACAUCGGGAACAACAGCAGCAGCAGCAAGUGCAGCAGCAACUGCAGCGUCUUGAAUUCCUCCUUUCGUCAAAACAGGAUGAGCUGCAGCAGCUGCAGCAGAUCCACAGGCAGCAGCGGCUGAAGUUGGAGGCAGCAGAGCACGACAACGCAUUGCUUCACGAAGAGCUGGAGAUGCGCUCCCGGCUCGCAUCGGCGGCCCUUGCAGAGGCAGAGCAGCAGCUGCGGCAGCAGCAACAACGGGGCGCGCAUGAAGGCGGUGCAGAUCAGGACGCUCAGCAGCAGCAGCAAAAUACUGUUGCAGUGGCGAAGGAGCUGAAGGAUUUGCACGAGCUGGUCAUUUGUGCUGAAGCAAAGGCUGCGGGGGAGCGCAUUCAGCUGGAAGAGGAGCUCAAGCGGCAGCGGGAUCAUUUUGAAAAGUUAAUUGCUGCCAAAGACACAGAAUUCCAGAAGCUCCUACGGUCUAUGGGAAGGGCUCGCGGCGAAACUGAAUGCAACGAGGGGGAUAUGAGCACCACCAGCAGCAGUUCUUCUGUACUGCAGCGGCGUGACAGCCCUCUACAGACACGCGAAAGCCUACUUCCAGCAGCGGCUGAAACGACAGCAACAGCUGUUGAAGAGAAGGAGUCAGAAGAGAAAAACGAUAGGGAAGAACUACUGCAGAGGCUCAAGCAGCUAACCUGUGCCACAGCAGCAAAGGAGCGCCUGUUGCAGAGUCGCAUUAAGUCACUGGAGCAGCAAGUAGUUUCGCAGCGGGCUUACUACCAAGCGAGACUCAAGCCUGUGACCAGCAGCGCGCCUUCCGGCAAAUGUAUAUCUGCAGCGAACAGAAGUAGCGGGAACAACCCUGACAGCAGUAAUACCUCUAGCAGCAGCAGCAGCAAGAGCAGUAACACCAGCAGCGAUAGGGCAGUGAUAUCGGCUCGUGGUCCCUUGUUCCCGCUGCUGCAUCAGGAGAACUGCGCCUUGGGGACUCUUUUUGCUUUUUGGCAGCUGUGUGAGCUGACAUAUUCUGAUUCCCUGUUGAGUAUACACCAGCAGCAGAUACAACAGAAGCAGGAGCAGCAGCAGGAGCAGCAGCUUAGAGCCCUCGUCUCUCUCGUUUUUCCUUCUGCUUUUCACGGUCUCCAAAGAGUGGGUUUUAAAGACUUCGAAGCAGCACUUCAGCGCGUAGGGUGCCACGUCCGUCGCUCGGACUCAAUCAGCGCAUGGCUGCUACUGUCCGGUGCACAGCAGCAGCAGCGUCACCUGCAGCAGCAGGGGAACGCACUGGUGGAGCAACAGAGAGAGGCCGCAGCAGCUGGCGCCUUUAUUGAUGGAGCCACUCUUCUGCUGAGAGCAAAGCAAACCGACCCGACGUUUCUAUUUUUUCACUAUGCAACAUUGCUCAAACGCCUGCAGCACCAGCAAGACAAGAAGAGACGCCUUAAGGAAACGGCGCAGCUUCUGAAACAGCAGCUUCUGCAAGCGCAACAACAGCUGAAGCAGCUACAACAGCAAGCCAACCAGCAGCAGCAGACUCUUCUUCCACAAAGCCGCCAUGCGCUGCAGCAAGCGCAGCUGCAGCAGAGGCAGGCUGAUUCCGCCGCCACUGCUGCUGCAGUCGCUGCCCCACCACUCCCCCAGCAGCCUUGGCUGGAGGAGGCCAUUGUGCCCACUAAUGCUGUGAAGCUUUUAGAGCAUCAGCAGCUGAGAGCGCCUCCUGCGUGGUCGCCGAGGCCUGAAAUGUACAUACAGCUGCUACAGCAGGCUAAUGCCGCGCUGCAGCAGCAGCAGCAGCUUCUGCAGGAGAACUGCACACUAAGGCAGCAGCUUGCAUCGUGCAGCACCAGCGUGGUAGCAGUACCGAGGGGGGGCCACCAGCAAGAUGUGCAGGAAGCGCAACAGCGAGUUGUGGCACUACAGCAGCUGCUGGCCGAUCUUCUGCAGCGCCUUAAACAGAAGCAGAAGACUCAGCAGUUACAAGGAGUCACUGCAGCGCAGCCGCUGUAG